AUAGCACGAUGAAGGCGAGAUAAAGUCAAGCUUCUGCGAGAUACACGCGUAGAAUGGAAAAACCUAUCGCGGAAAGAACGUUCAGUGUCGCGUUUAAUAGAUUUUAAACUCUGUUUGAUCUUGAUCUUUGAUGUCGAACGAGACGAGAAUAAUUUUGUGGAUAAUUAAUUGGAUCGUAAGACGGGGACUAUUAUUAACAGAAAAACUAUUAUUACAAUUACGAAAGCAACUGGAGCGAUCGUCGAAUAUUCCGAACGAUUCUAAAGAAUCCCAUUUCAAAAUUAUUGUCACAGUGACAAAAGAAUUCGUGUAAAAUGUGCUCGCACGGAACAAGUUAUUUAAGUCGAUCGUCUCGGAUAUCUAAAUUCGUGUAGAUGUAGCUACCCGUGACAUGGCCGCGACAGCUGGACACUCGUAUAACCAGUCGGCUCCUAGUUUCCACGUAUCGUCAUCGAUCUUCGCCGAGAUCACGUCGCGGUGUUCCUCGGUUUGCCUGCGUGUCGGUGUGAGCGGGACGCGAUCCUACAGAUCGGUGGUGUGUACAUUUGGAUCGGUGACUGCGUCGCCAUGGCGUCGGUGAUUUACGCGCGAAGCGGAGGAAAUGAGCGCACUUCGAUCCACGGCGAUUCCGUGUAGCUUUCUGCUUCACGUUCACGCGAUAACGUUGUUCUCUCUGAUAACGUAGAAGCAACAAGAAUCCAGCGUGUCGGAUUCCAACUGGAAAUCCUUCUUUCCACCGAUGCAUCGAUCCAACUGGCUUGAAAUCUUCGGAUGCUCGGGCAACGAGGCGUCGCCGCCGGAUCAAAGCUUCUCUUGCUUUUCACCUGCCACUGUACCACGCAUCGAGAAUCAGAUCGAUAAGAAAUUACGUUAGGACGCAGAGAGCUCACUGCGAAAUUUGGCGACCGCCUCUCGCUGGUAUUCACUUUUGAACGAGUUUGCAACAGCUCCCGAGAUUACCCAUAUAUCGUCGUUCCGCGUUGAUCUCCGCGUUCAUAAAUCUACUUUAAGCCCGACGGAGGAACGUGCCCCGCGGUAAUUUCGUUCCGGGUACGUCGUCGCGAACUGAGACGUCACGCCGCCGCGCCGUCCUGGCAGCCUUUCCACGAUGAGCUCGGCUAACAGAGACGUCCCGAUACGCUCGUCGGAACCGUGAAAAUUGCCCCGUUUACGAGUAUGGUUCUCGGUGAUCUCCUUUAUUUUCUACCCGAUGCUCACCAUAAAAUCACCGGUCUAUGGAGCAACGUACCAACUAUAUUGCGCGAAAGAACGAAAUGAAAGUUAUAGCGCAGAACAAGAUGAGAAUGGAAUAUUUCUCAGCCAGGGAUUAGACGUUUAUCUCCUAGCAUCUGAUCCCGAUUCGUUCGAACAGUAGCGAGUUGUCGCGUUUCUGCAUGACUCGUGGAAUCUUGUCGCCGGACCAAUUCACGCCGUACAUAGCGCGCCGAGAAAGAAUCGCAAAACGAGAUCAUAGCGCGUCGAGAACGCCGCGUUCCAUUCGACGGAACGACGAGACGUUAAACGAACGUAACGUUGACUUAUGCGCGUGGUCUUGCUGGAAGACGUGCGUGGCGAUUCGUGUGCGCUUCGCCUAGCCUUGACGCGAGUAAACGCGCAACUGGUCGCUUUGUCCGACGAAGAGGCAGCAGCAGGAAGAGACACAGAACUGGCGAUAUUGUCGCGCGAUUUGAUCGACGAAAGGAUCGAUGGAAGGAUCCGUGGUGUAUCCGUUGGCGCGAUACAAAGCGCGCAAUUGUAAACGUCCCGCGUAAGGUGUAAUUUAUUUGAAGAUUAAGUCGCGAACGUUGAAAGCGCGUAACAUCCGCGCUUCCCGCACGAGCUCCAUUAUCCUCCGCACAUCUUUCAAUGGAAGUACGGAAGCUUGUCGCAAGGACCGAGCGCGACUAUCACUGGUCCCGCUGACACGACUACAAGCCAUGGAUCCGCGAAGGUGGACUACGGUGUGAAACGGAAGGAACGUUGAUUUAUGAACGGUAGCCGGUCACAGUGUGUACAAGUCCCGUCUAAUCGCUACAAUACCCGCUGGCUGUUGCCUCUGUGCGCCAUUGGAAGAUGACAAACGCCGACCGACAAACACGUCGAACGGAACACAGCCGUACGAAACGACGUCGUCCCCAGGACGGAAUCAUUAAUCCUUCUAAUUGCCACUCGGGGACCACGCCAUGUUUUUCUUCGCGGUUCCGGUCUAUCUUUUCCCUCCGCUAUCAGUUUCUUUCGCUCGGGUCGAAAGAGACCCGUUCUAACCGCGGAUUCGACGAGGACGAAUGAUGUCGAGGAGGAUGGGGGACGAAAACAAACCGUGGCUUCUUUUGACCGAUUCGGGUGGAAGGGAGAAUUAGGGAGAGCCAGGGAUAUAUACUAUAUACCCGCAGCUUGGUAACACAUUCGGUCGACAGAUGUAGGAUUGUUUAUUUGAUUAGCACGGCCAUUAAUCAGAAAGGCCGGAGCCACCCUGAAGCGGAGGUGCGUCCUAUUAACGAGCUAUAGGAGCGUCUGCCUUUCUCUUAUUGCAACCAGAAUACCAGGGGAAAGCGAGUGGAAUCUACCCUGGCCCCACCAGACAGAUAUGAACAUGCUUUUUACGUGAAUCGUGCUUCGUUUCGAGCUUCCUCUCGAUUACGCUCGCGUGAUGCCUCGCGUUGUCGUUACGGGGGGGGGGGGCAAGACGCCCCUUACGGUAUAUUUAUCGCGUUUCUCUGAUAAAUUAAUACGCGGAUGAAGAUUGGAUUGGAUAGGAUAGUAGAUAGCUGCUAACAAUAACUGACGCUCUAUAAGUGGAGCAAGUCUCGAUUAAAAAUCGAUAUCGUCGAUAAAGUUUAAUCAACCGUCCCUCGUGUUUUUAUUCGACUCGCAUUCGUAAACGUUGGAAAUGGAGACGCACGAGGUUUCCAAACGAACGACGUUUCCAGAUGUCAGGAAGCAAUCGCGUUCCAUUAAGUUUGAAGCGCGUGGGCAAACAUUCGAUCGGCUUUAAUCCAGUUCGACGCAUAAAUUUAGCCGUUUCGGGGACGGCGGAAGCGAGUCGUUUUCUUCCGAAACUACGGCGCUCGUUUGCGAACAGAGACGGCGCGCACGGCUCGUUAAACGACAGCCCCUAUAUUUACACGACCUGAUUCUCGACCAGCCACCACAAGUUUCGACCGCAACGAUUCCAAAUCCGCCGGUUCGUCGGCGCGACGGGACGCUGCGGUUCGCGCGGAAUUUUUUCCGUCGGUGGUCGCGCCAUCCAGACGAGAAAUCGAAAAUUCUACUGCACGGUUUCGUGCUACCGUGAACAUCACCAGCGUUCCUCGUUCCGCGGCUCGGCGCGGCCGCCAAAACUCGAUUCGACAUGUCCGAAACUGCAUCAGUGUUCGCUCGAGCCUGAAAUUCAACGUUGUCUCUCGUUGCUUUAGCUAUUGCUACGUCCCCUGUGAAGUAUGAAUACAUACUUGAUAAAGAUACGUCUUUUAACGUUUGAAAAGCUCGGUGUUCCUCUUACGGUUGCUUCGAUGGAAGAAAGCGGUUAAAAAGAGCGGCAGGAAACGCGACUAAGAAGCUCGCGGCCGACAAUUCGAACGAGUUUAAACGGAAUCCUCGAGACACGGAACACGAGGGGUGGAAAAAGGUGGAAAACGAGGCAAGGGCCGGCGAAGACUGCAAGCAGACACAAAGAACGGCGUAGCACGGUGGUUAAUGAGUCGUCCAGUCGCUCUUCUUAGCUUUCUGUUCGCGUGGACACCGAACGAAAGCCCCGGGCUGCCCUUUGCGUCCCUUAAGACCAGAAACCUACCCCCUUGCCGGUAUGAGAACCAACGGAAUCGUGGACGAGGAAAGCAAGGAAAAAGACAGAGAGGCCGGUUCUGUGUCUGAGGCUUAUAUAUCUGCCGGAACUAAUUGUCCCAUAAUUCACUCUGUCCGGCAGUAACGUUGCUCUCUGCUUAUCCGCCGCUGCUUCUUUCCUUUCUUCUCUAUCUCCUUCUUCUUCUUCUUCUUCAGCUCCUCCUUCGUUUUCUUUUUUCGUCGCUACUGCUGUUGCCUCCUCUUUCUUCCUUGUUCUUUCUUUCGAUUCCAGCAUCCCCCGUGUACACAGCAGACAUUUGGCUUCUGCCUCGUUGUCUUCCCUCGCGCAUCGCGGCUACACAGACACGACCGUCUCUGUUUCCUGCUCGGUGUCUAGACCGAUUAUUCUUCUCGCGGAUCCACGCUCGAGUCACCCGAUUUUAUACUCGUCGAAUUCGAUACUCGAUUACUUUUAAUCUGUGUAAAUAUCCAUCCGUACACACGUGUUUUCAAGGCGUCAAUUUGCAAGCGAGUACGGUGUCAGAAACCGUCAUGCUUGAAGUGGAACAAGAAGAUGUUUCGAAAACUUUGUUUCGAAAUUGAUUUCGUUCCAUGUAACCUGAAAAGUCUUCAGCCACCGGUCCACAGGCGCAUCAGAUUUUCCGUAAAUUCGCCAUUCGCUUCGGAAACGCUAUCACGAGCCGUUACUUCCGUGAAGCUGGCCAGACGACCGACGCUAAUGCACUUUUGCGGCUAACUGUGGCGCACAAGGCUCUUCCUUACCCAGAAUGCCACUUCCUCUUCCUCCGAGCCACCCUCGGACAAUCUAAGGAGAAGCGUGUCUGCUGUUCUCGCGGCGCGCCAACAGACUCGACUUUUCUCUCCGACGACCCGUACGAUCGAUCGGCUUACUCUACCGAUUGACCAGUUUGUUUGCUUUCGUUAAUUCGUCGAGCCACGUACGGCCAGUAAAGCCUCGCCGAAAAUGCAGAGCACGUUGACCGCACGUGGCUUCUCAUGACGAAAGCGCCACUUGACCGGUUCACGGAUUAAAUCGUUUCGCCGUUAACUCGAUUUCCGCAACGUUGAAACUUCUUCAACUCGCGUGUGUGAUAAAAGUAAUUUCAGAAUCGCUGUAAAAGGUAGCAACGGUGAAAAAAUACAGCCUUGAGUCGUUAAAAAAGCCAAAGUGGUCUCUACCUCUUGGAAACUUAAUUUUCUGAAACACUUCACCUCUAGGCAAACACGUCAUUCCAAACAAUACGGUGGAAUAACUGACGAAGCGCGUUCACGAACGCUCUUGCUGGAAAGUGUGCCCAGUUCUACGUUCCGAGAGCUGCUCUUUCCUCGCGGAAGGGGAUUAAACUGGUGUCUCUGUUCCACCUGGGUCUCGUGCAGCCUGUCCUUGAAGACCAAGUCCGUGACUCCGUCAAGUUUCCGCGAAGUUCAACCGACGACCUUCCCCGAUGGACGAGUUGUCCAGAAGUAGACGCGGCGGACAGAUACUCAUCGUUCAUCCACGGCGUAUGAAUAACGUAGAAGUUUGCUCAGUGUGGAGGGAAGGCGGACGGGGAUCGAGCAAAGGACGGAACUGAACGCGGGCCACGUAACUUUCAUACAUAAGUAAGCGAGACAGGACUAUGAGGCCAGCGAUCUCCGGCGGAGUUUUAGUUUGCGCUGCAGUAUUUUCUACGGGAAAGUGGCAGACGCCCCUGUUCUUCGCCAGCGGUCUUAGCUCGACGCCGUCAUCCGUGAAAAUAUCAAACACCGAGAGACGGAAAUGCUCUGACACGGCCGUUCUUCCUUCUUGAUCUUAAUAACAUUUUUCUACCAAUCAUAACCGCCAUCUUUAAUGGAACGCUUCUCCGUGAUUGCACAGGCGAUUCUUUUUCGUUUUGCCAGAAAUAUCCCAGAAACGGACGCCGCAGCUCUUUUCUAUCCUGUCUAGAACAGGCUGCAUGAUGCUGUUCCUCCGUGACUGUUGCACGCGACACAAAUGUAAACAUCGGCCUAAUAUCGUGCGAGCGCAGCCGUGUUCACGUCGACGUAUGUACAUCGUGGCCUACCUGUCCGCAGGUAACGCACGUAUAUUCACCAUGUAGCGCGUACGUCUUCCUUCCGCGGAAAGAAGAUCCUGGCGGCUCUCGCCAGUCAGCUUCUAAGAAGGACAAUGGGAUUAGCGUUCGUUCGCACUGUACCUCUCGUGUCCGUCCUUCGAGAAAGUCAAGAACAUCCGCUUCCAAGAGCUCGUAUCCCAAGGUCUCUCGGUAUGUUUCUUUGAGAAACGUCUCUUACCUCAUCUUCUUCCAGGACCUUCUUCCGAAUGAAUUUUUCAUAACAAAGAAUCACGUGCAUCUUAAUAACUUCUGUCGCUUUGUGUUAAGAUCUUUUAUUACGAAAGUUAAAAGAGCUGAAAGACAAACUAUCCUCGUCGAUUAAUCAUCCCUCUCCCCGCCCCCAGACGAUUUACGUAUCGUUACGGUUUCGGGUCCAUUUAUUUCACGAACUUUCCAGACGAAAUCUUACACCGGGCCAUAGAACGCGAUUAAUCCGAGCACUCGUGUCGCAAGUUCGUAGUCCACGUACGUAGCAGACACGCAUACGCAUGCUCCGACAAUACGCGUUGGUCCGUCGGGUUAUUACAACGACGUAACACCGAUAUCUCCACGGAAUUUCAAACAACCCUGGGGCUCGAUGCACGCUAGGUGCGAGCUCCAUGUUAGCGUACGUACGUCGACCGAGGUAAGAGGUUUCCUUUGAAAACAGAAGGAACAAUCUCUAGUACCUAGUAAUUCGUUAUCACGCAAUCUCGGAUCUGUGGAAGCUGCGAAUUCGUUGUCGUGGUCUCUCCGGUGGAUGAUACGCUGUAGCUGGAGAUAGUAGAAAGAAGAUUCUGUGUUUACGAACGGGGAAUCUGCUCCGCGCGGCAAAUAACAACGAGGAAGUUAGAGAAAAAGAGGAGGUGGAAUGAAACUCGUUGACCCUUUAUCGGGAUAAGAGUCAGAAAAAGAUGAUUAGACGGGAAAUUGGAAGUUAGUGGACGAAGGAACGCGCCAAGUUUCUUGAGUUCGAUAGAUGGAAAAGUCGCUGGUGUUAUUUAUAGCGAAAUUUAGUCGCGAAAUCUAGCUGCAGCUGCAUACUCCGGCAACGCAAGAAUAAUAUCUUGAUUUAUUCCGACGACGCGAUGGGUCUACGGUGCGAGCAAACCGAAGAAAAACGAAGGACCAGAUGCCGGUUCGGAAAAUCCUCGACUUUCUGCUGCUUCUGUCGCAAUAAACUUUUUCUCCAAUCGACCGGCAACGAUGGGAGGAUCGAGCGAACCGUAAUUUUUGCUACAAAUUUGUCUCGAGUUUGUCUGAAAAUAUGAAUGCGCGUGGUGGAAGAGUUUCAAGCGAAAAUUGAAACAUGUUUGUUCGAUUAGGAGCAUCCUCGACAAAAUAGAAGAAAACGAAGUGACAAAAGAUUCAGCGUGCUCCACGAACUUUUAUUCGAACCAGAACCAUCGACGUAAAACUCUCCUUAUUCCUGACAGGGUACUUACUCAAAGCCCCCGAAGAAUACGAAGAAAGUCUGGAAAUGGGAUAGCCAAGGUGAUAGGCGUUAUUUCUCGAUGUCGCAGAUUAGACUGACAAAGUCGUCGAGAUGCGAAUAACUUCGUCUCUCUCACUCUCUCUUUGCUCGAUAAGAAGCUUCCUUUGGUCUAUCGACCGACCGCGCGAUUUUAUGCACGCGUUCUCGAGCCACUUGAAAUUCCAAAGGAAACGAGUGAAAAUUGCAAAAGAAUAACUCGAUUAAUUGCUCGUCUCCUGUUAUGUCCGAACAAACUUCUCCGCGAUUGUUAUUGCCGCGGAACGUCUAUCUCCGAUGUCGGAGAGGAAAGAAAAUCUCGGAGACAAAGCUCGGUGGAAAGAACAGGCUCUUCCACGUGCAUCUUUAAAUUUCCCUUCGCGUUCCGUCGACUGCGAAAGAACCUCUCAUUUGCAAAUACCGACUCUGCCGCCGAUACAACGUCUUUCUGUUACGUCUCCUCGAGAUCGUUUGCUUUUUUCUUGCUCCUAGACAAUGCAAUGUCUGAAUCCCGGCUCGUCUCUCCUUUGACGAGUGGGAGGCGAGUCCUCGACCCUAUACCGAGCAACGGUUUCCUCGAUUGAACGGUAAACGGAAUUUUCCUGUUCUGAAGAAAAGAUUUCUGGCUCGUGUGGCGAAAACGCCAUCAAACUUAUCAUCCGAUUAUCAUCGUCCCAAGAGAUACGAAUGGAGACCAGUUGUGACACGGUAGCUAUCGAGCUAGCUGUAUCGGUGCGCCUCGAAGAAGACUAAGUUGGCCGACUGGCCGGGGUCGGGGUCACUGACUGAAAGAUAGACGUGGCCCGGAGCCACGCGACAACCAUAUACCCCGGUUCGUGUUUACCGUGUGUCCAAGUCUCGCACGCUCCUGUCGAGCGUGGCUAGCAAACCGCCCGCAGACUACGCUGAAUUAACUAACGUUGCCUCUGAUAUUCCUGCCUGCGGAACUCUCGAGUACAUACUCGUUGCCGACGUCGUGAUCGAACGAUGAUUUCCUCAUGGUCGAGUCCCUUACACAUGCAUUUUCCCGUGAAUAUUGUUACGGUAAGCGAAAACCGAGAUCUGACAAGUUCCGCUGCCAAGUACGUGUCGACCCCCGCGGAAUUACCCCGACACGGAGAGUCCUGUCAUUGAACCCGGCUCGUCGGCGCAUUGUAUCAGCCCGUCGACACGAAACAACCCCCGUGAAGGCAGCACGGGACGGUGGAGGGCACCACGGUACAGGCUCGUAGAGAAGGGCGUAAAACCACGGAGAGGAGCUGGACUCGUUGCGUGCACCCUCCUGCCUGCGUGGUGCAGCUUCUUUUUUUCCAGGCCGAGUCACCGUUGUGUUCACGCUGUAAAAGGACGACACCGGUUUCCAUCCUUGUCCGGUGUAGCAUCGUCACUCCACCCCUUGGCGAUCUCGCUUUCACCCUCGUGAAAGGAGUCUGCCACGCAGAAUACGAAGAAAGAAGAGUCGCGGCCCGGAGGAGUGGGGGGUUGGUAGCGCAACGCGACGAGAGUAGGGAGACCAGGCAUCGGAUGGGGGUAGCUGGCAACGUGGUAGAGGAAGCUUUCGGUGGGAACGGUGGGGGCAGAAACGAAACGAAGCCUCCGAGCGGUCGGGCGAAACGGCGAGCAACAGUGUGCCGCGCGCCGCUGACAAGCGAGCGUAGUCGUUGAGAGUUUAGUGCGAGAGAUAGCGCGUGUCUUGACGAGUUGGAAGGUGUUGCAGAGUGGUGAGACUGGCGUGCAGGAACGUUUCGUGUUCGAUCACGCGGGUGCGUUCGAGCUUCCAUGAACACAUGUUCCGCAGCAACGUCGGAAGCGCAAGGGGACAGCUGACACCGGAGGAUACGAGCUCGAUCGUGCCCGUGGAAGUCUUCGGCUUGUGCGAAACGGAGUGAGGUUUCCCAUGGUGGGUUCCGUGCGUAUGCAUACUCGACGUGUCUACGAGUGAGAAAAGGGAAUGAUCGACAGUGCGAGGAAUAAUGGUGUAACGUUGUCGACGACGGUGGUUCCGGUUGAUCAUCGUGUUCGUUGACAGCGUAUGGCUCGCGAUCACUCGACCCCGUUGCUUCGUCUACCGUGCACAUUCGUAACGACGCUUCGGCACAAAAAGCCACCGUCCGGUAACUUCUCGGCAAACGGAACGAGCGCACGAUCGACGAGCAGGGACGGUCGUCGACGACGGGUGAUUUCGAGGAAAGUGAUCGUUGCCGUUGAGACACGCUUACGGUGCUUCAGUGAUUCGUGAGAGCAAGCGACAGAGUGAUCGAAAUCGGCGCACCGGAUAUAUCAUUUUGCGAGUAAAGAAAGAUCGUUGUGUUUGCUGUGAUACGAGUGGUGCGCGGAGAAGCAAGCUACGAGAAGAAGGGUGUCCGUAUUUUUGAAGGAAAUGCGCUGCUAGCAAAUCGGCAAGGUGUCGCCCGAAUUUUUGAGCACGCUGAGGUGGAGGAUGGAGGAGCUGGAAACGCUGGAGAGCACGGAGUGCCCUGAGUGCCCCGGGCCACCCCCGGAGUUCCGGUUGCCGCCACCCCCUCGGCCACCCUUCCUCACCGACGGCACCUUUUGCUCGGAGGAGCCCCUCACCGAGAUCGAAGAUUGCGUCGCCAUUCCGAUGAUCGAUGCAUCCUACCACACGAAUCCAUCGCUACAAAGCACUGCCCUAAUCAUCACCUGCGCGGUGGUGCUCCUCCUGAUGGCAGCGAUCGUGUCCGUCGUUUUCUGGAAACACAAGCGGAAAGUGCAGAACCUGUUACCGUGCAAGAGCGCAGCAGGAGCUGCAGCGGCCGCAGCCGCAGCCGCGGCCGGUGGUCGGAGCCGAGUGCUGGCUGACGGACAGUCACACGGUGGAACCGGCAGUGCGGGUGGCGCGGUGCUGUACGAGGACCUGCCGGAAGCGGUGACGCACUCGCAGCUGCAUCACAGACAGAAUCACCUGCCCAGCCAUCACCCUAGCCAGGCGCCCACGAUCGAGAUGUUGGACGUGAAGGACACCAACAGAGGCGUAUUCGUAUGUAGCAGUCCUGGGCCUGAUCCGUACACGUCGCAGGACCUCUACAAUCCUGUUUACGAGGAGCUCAGUAACGGGGACCAUCCGGAAACGGACGAGGAGAGCGAGCUGAAUGCACGGAAUCGUCUUCAUCAUCAUCACCGCCAUCAUCAUCGGCCCUCGUCGUCGAAACCGGCGAGCGAGGACGAGUUCGCCGAGGACGAGCUUUCCGUAGGUGAACCGUCCGAGGCGAGGAUGCUCACCUCGACGGGUCCAACCUGGGGCACCUGUCCGGCUGGUGGCAGGCCACCGCGAGAAAGACGAGGAAGGAGCCCCAGAAGUCUGGACAGGCAUAGGAGAGACAAGAAUCACGAUGUUGGAGAGUUCCACGAGGGGAUGCUGCUGGACGCGUUACUGCAGCUCUACCCUAGCGUCGCGGGUGUAGCUGGCAACCGAUCGAAUAGCAAUCAACGACAACAGUCCGUCCCAUCGGUGGCCCACAGGUUACCAUAUUUCGUGCCACCGAUGCCAGCGACGCAGGCCCUCAGGGUUGAGGAGAACCCGUACGAGAGUGUGCCGGUACUCGGCCCUCUCCAUCAUUAUUCGAGCCAAAGCAGAAGCAACAAGGAGAGGUCUCGCAAGUCAAACGACAAAUACAAGUACUCGGCGCAAUACGGUGCCGAGUAUUACGGACUACAAAACCAGGACACCGCUGCCGUAUACACGCAAGUAGGUGGCGAAUACUCGGACACCUACUCGCAACCCACAGACCGUCUGUAUAACGACGAUAAGUACACGCAGCCGGUGUACUAUGCGGCACGCGACAGCAACCAGAUAUCUUCCGGUAGGCUGUACCAAGGUCAACCGGACAGUAGUUUCGGCAGCGACAGUGGUUACAGUCAUCAUACUUCCGGUACCACCGGAACUACCGGCACGCGCAGCAGUAAUUCAAGGACGAAUCAUAGGAAGGACAAGCAUCGAAAUUCUCAUCAUUCCCAUCAUUCCGCGGACUACAUCGUGUCUUAAUGUACGUGAAACGAAAGGCAAAGAGGAAGAAGUCUGCGAAGAAGAAGAAGUAGAGACAAAAAAAAGGAAACUUAGAUGGUAGUUCGAUCGUCCGAUCGAAACAAGCUUGUAACACUUCGCUAAAAGGUAGUGACAUUGUGUUUUCUUUCGCGUAUUUAUUUUGUAAAUUGUUUUUUUUUCUUUGUUGUUUUUACUACGAACGAGAGUAUUUUAUUUUUCAUACACGAGACGGCGUGUCAUCUUUUUUUUUCAUUUCGUUGUUGCGCGUUAUAUAGAAAGUAUUUUAAUAUUUUAAGAAACGUAUCGUUGAGUAUCCUAGGGAGUACUUUAAUAUUUUUGGUCUAUUGUUGGUCUGUCCUUUGAUUUUUGAAAGUACAUGGAAGAACUUUCGAACAACACGGAGGAGAUAUCAGCAGAGCAAUAGCAGGAGACUAUAUAAACACGACGAUCAUAUUAUAGGAAACAGAACACUAACGGAAACAGUGAUCUCUUAGUGAUUUAGUAAGACUAUUUAACAAAUUAUUUGUAAUCUAAUGAGACUCAGGCUGGUACCAAAGCUACUAAGUAACUUCGACUUUUUAGCCUUCUAGUUUGUAAUUUAUACGAAAGUAGAGAUGAUUUUUAACAUUGACGAAUUUCGUGCGAGACGUGCGACUACCAUCUUCUUUUUCAGCGUCAGACGAUUCUACAAAUUAGAAUCGAAAAAAAAAGAAACGAGGCGAAUGAUCCGAUUUACUGCCGAACCGCAAUAUCGAUAUAUAAUACCGCGAACACUGCCCCCGAUUAAAGGGAUCAGCCACAACUGGUUUCAUACGACUAAUUUGAUACGACGCGUUAGUAGUAUAAUUCGUCCCACGCGGGCACCUCCACACACAUAACAUCGCAUCAGAUUGUAAAAUAGCAUCUAACUAACACUUUCAAACGCGCACCUAGAGAGAAACAAAAGACUCGUAACGAGUGUCGUAGCCAUACACGCACACUACAGUAGAUUCACCAGAGUAACGUUAAACAUUUAAGCGUACACUUAAUCGAGUUGCAAUUUUCCUUCGUCAAUUACCAAGUUACGAUUAUAAGUCGUACACCGGACAGUGUGAAACGCAGGAACGCGUGGGCUUUUUGAACUCGGACGAUCAAAGGGAGCACCUACUUUCGCAAUGCCUGUACGAGGUCGCGACGCGUACUCAAUCAGAAGGACCAUUGGGAAGAAAAAGAAAGAGAAAUAGAAAGAAAGAACGAGAGGCGGGUUUCGCGGAAGCCUUGAUGCUUCUGUAAAGAGAAUAUAUAGUGUUCCUUCUGCAAGCCCUUUCUAGCUCGUCCUACAUUCUCAAAGCCGAAUCCCGCGACGAAAGAUAAUCUGCAAGCCCAGAGACAACGGUUCGUCGUGUGUCGCGAUGUAUCCUUCUACGACGGAUCAAACUGUGGUAACCGGUCGUCUUUUGCAUAUAGAUGUAAAAGGAUUCUUUUCAUGAAACCGAAAUCGUAUUUGAGGAAGCGCGCUCGCGGAAGGAACGAAAGAAUACGCGUCGAGCUACGUUAAUAAUAUUCUUCUUAGACUUGAUCUCCUUUUGCUCUUUCCCCGUCAGAUAGAAACGAUUAUUUUUCCCUUCGUAAUUUCUUAUUAACGUUCGUUCGCGCGUCUUCUAGAUUAUACACGCGUAUAUCAGAAUUGAGGCUCUUAACUGCCGGUAGUCGCACGAUUUUCCGCUCGCGAUGCACCUCGAUCACGCUGAUAGAGAGACAGACCAAGGUGAGACGGAUAACCAAGGAACAGUGUUCUUAUUAAGCUGUACAGGCACACGCUGGUACAUAUGCAUAUAUACAAAGAAGCAAGCAUAGGUAUACAUACUAUAGAUGUAAGACAAACGAAUAAACUAUUCGCGAAUGACCCCGUGUAAAUACUAUAUGCGAGAAGCGAAGGGAGAUGGAGAGAGAAAAUAAAAGAGAGAAGCGUCCGGAUCAGUCCGGUGUAGCAUAGCUGUAUCAUAUCGUUAUCAAACUUUCUCACGUGUGCGUGCGUGUGUGACGUGUAUGUGUGGCCGAACGGCGAGCAAAAUAUAGAAGAGGAAGAACGAAGAUCGCAGAGAGAAUCGAUUUAAUAUAUAAAAAUAUAUAAUUUUUAAAUUAUUUAUAACGAACAGUGCGUCGUAUAUUGCCGAGGACAAGUUGCACGAGUACGAGGUGACAUAAGAGUGAGCCGGCGAAAUGCGAGAGCAAAGAGAGAAAGAACGAGAUGAAACAAUGGCGGAAGCAAGCGAUGCUUUUAGAUUCUCGUUAAUCUCCCUUCUGCUUCUUGAUACUGUACACUCUUUAGAUGCAUGUAGGGCGAAUACCUCACGACAAAAAAGAAAAAGAAAAAGAAAAGAAAAGAUCACUCUGUUGUAAAUAUAAUUUUAUAUGUACAAGCCGAGAAAUGAGGUGUGUGCUUAGCGAGCACGCUAUUGGACACGUUCGCCCGGGGAGAAAUCUACCCUCUCGACUACCUUUGCACUCUCCAAAUCUAUCUUCCCUUGUCUAUUCUGUAAGAUUGUAUAACCACUAACCACCUAACAUACUUAUAGCAACAACUAUACUUUCCGUGAUUCUCGUUUCUCCGUGCAUUAAUCUCCAUUUGAAUCUGGCGCAACAACAACAGGAAAUUUAAAAUUCUAAUGACCUGAUAUUCGGUGGUAUUCGGCCGUCCCUCUUUUCCACGCGAUGUCAAAACCGCGAAAAACGCUGGACGAUAUCGAUCCGCGAGAGCAGCAGGGAUACGCGAGAGGGAACGAGUUCACGGGCGAAAAUAAAGGUGAACUGUAGGUGGUGUUAUACGUACUUAUCGCGAGGGACGAAAGCGCGCGACCAGUCACGUACGAUCAAAGAUGCGUACAAUCAAAGAGUGCAAAAGAGAGAGAGAGAGAGAGAGAGAGUCAGGGGAAAAGAGAAAGAAAGAAAGAAGGAAGGAAAGAAACGCGAAACGGCGAGUCACGUUUGAUCGGUUCUCGACGUGGAAACCCGCGUGAAAGCAAAAAAUGGGCGCGCACCACACAACUAGAAGAGGGACAAACGCUUUUUGUACGAUUUUACGUCCAUGUUAGUCAAACGUUUUUCAAGACCGUUUUUUAUAUAUACAGUAUAUAAGUAUAUAUACACGCGCGUGUACAGUAGGUACGACGAAACCUAAUUUAUUAUCAUUGUUCUUAUUUAACGAGACAGGGAUAUGCCGUUUUAUCCCGCCCUGCAAUUCUAUAUUCGCCAUCAAGUACUUUGUCGCAGUCGAAAAUGUUGUUAUAUUGACAUUAACAAAGAGCGUGUAGAACGUAUCGAUUAUUAUUAUUAUUAUUAUUACUAUUAUUAUUAUUAUUAUUAUUAUUAUUGUCAUUAUUAUCUCUGUUGCGUAUCGCGACCAGGAGAAAAAGUGAAGACUGGGGUAGUUUGACUUCGCUCUUUCGUUUUUUCGUCCCUUCCGAAAAUUUCGUUGGCCGGCCAGCUAAUACGCGAGAACUAAGAGAAGCGGAAGUACUUAUAGAUAUCUAAGAAAGAAGGGAGCUGAACGAACGAAAGAGCGGAAGAUCUGCUUCCCCUUUUUGAACGCGUAUACGAGUCGCGAGAUUAUUAAUUUAUUGUUACGUUCGAACGGGAGAACGGAGGUGUCACGUUCCUCCCCUUAAAUCUCGCUAAUUUUAGCUGCGAUUUAGCGAUAUAGGCAGAACGGAAGAAGAAGACAGAGAAAAAAAAAAUCAUAGGCACUAGAGUACCUCGAAAGAUAACAAGUAGCACUCUUGAAAGUUAGCUUGCACGGACGUUCUCCUUUUCCAUCGUGCCGCCUUGCAAUUUAACGACGAGGAGGAAGCUCGGAGGGGUGAAUCGGCGGGUGAAUAGAAAAGGGCGAGAGAUCGAUCGUCCGAAGGGAGAGCAGAUGAGACACGAAAGUCGGUGAAUCGUGACGUGAUCGUGUAAAAGAGCACGCGAAAUCGGCCCGAUCGAUGGGGAGAACACCAGCUCGCAGAACAGGGUAACUAGCUCUAACAUCUAUCUCUUACAUCACUUAAGAAAGAAAAAAAAAAAAACUCUAUCACACUCGUUCACCUUAUGGUAUCACAGGUUCACUCUAAUCACGAAUGUCGGCCAAGGCUAACUCGAAACACUAUCACACCUUCGUACUAAUAAACGAUUUACUAUUCAAUUUCA